AUGGGGCCGCGUGGGCACGUGGUAACACCCCCGGCCCCAGCACACCUGGUUUGGGAGGAAUUCACAGAGUUUGAUACCUGCCUGGUCCGUGGUGCCUCCCCACUGCAGGCGCCUCCCCGCCCGUUGGGCCCCAGUUGCUGUGGGGCAGUGGAGACCCUGUCUCCUCCCCGGCACUGCACGGCCCAGCUUUUCUACCUGUGGGGCACCCGCAUCCUCUACACCCUCCUACACAUCCUGGCCUCUACCGUGUGCUGCCUCAUGCUGUCCCGCACUGUGGCACAGGCCUUCAGGGAGAAGGUGCCCUUCUCCACGGUUCUGUGCCAACACCUUCCGGGGGGCAAGGACUGCGAGCGCCUGGUGGGCUCCUCGGCCGUGUACCGGGUCUGUUUUGGCCCCUCCUGCUUCCACCUGGCACAGGCUGCCCUGCUGCUCAACGUCCGCUCCAGCACCGACUGCCGGGCGCAGAUCCACAACGGGUUCUGGCUCCUGAAGCUGCUGGUGCUGGUGGGGCUCUGUGCUGCCAGCUUCUUCAUCCCUGAGGAUGGCUUCAUCCAAGCCUGGCACUACACAGGGGUCUGCGGGGGCUUUGCCUUCAUCCUCAUCCAGCUGGUGCUGAUCACGGCCUUCGCGCACACCUGGAACAAGAACUGGCUGACGGGCGCGGCGCAGGACAAGCGCUGGUACCUGGCUGUGCUGCUGGCCACCGCCGCCUUCUACACCCUCGCCUCUGCCGCCUUCUCCUUCCUCUACAAGUUCUACACCCACCCGGCCGCCUGUCGCCUCAACAAGGUGCUGCUAGCCCUCAAUGGCAGCCUCUGCGGCCUCAUGUCGUUCAUCUCCAUCACCCCCUGCGUGCGGCUCACGCAGCCACGGUCGGGGCUGCUGCAGGCCUCCAUCAUCAGCUGCUACGUGAUGUACCUCACCUUCUCCGCACUGUCCAGCCGUCCUCCGGAGAGAGUGCUCUACAAGGGACAGAACCUCACCGUCUGCUUCCCGGGGGUCCGGCAGGACGAGCUGCAGACAGAGGACACCACUGUGGCCAUCCUGGGGGCCACCAUCAUGUACGCCUGCGUGCUCUUCGCAUGUAAUGAAGCCUCCUACCUUGCCGAGGUCUUCGGACCCCUCUGGAUGGUUAAAGUCUACAGCUUUGAAUUUAAAAAACCCUCCUGCUGCUUCUGCUGCCCUGACAAGAUGGAGGAGGAGCUGAGAGGUGGGUGCCGGGCAGAGCCUGCAGUAACACACACCCUGAAUUGCCCGUGUCCCAGCCCGGGGGUGCAGCGGGAGCGGGUGGUCUACAGCUACUCAGCCUUCCACUUCGUCUUCUUCCUCGCCUCCCUCUAUGUCAUGAUGACCCUCACCAAUUGGUUCAGCUCGGCAUCCAGAGACCCGCACUGCUCCGACCGGCAGCCCCGCCAAAGGCUGCAGGCACGGGCUGGGGUCUGCGGGGCUGGGGGCUCCAUCGCAGCUACGAGGACGCGGUGCUGGAGAGGGGCCUGCGCCCGCCUCUCCCUGGGGCUGCUGCUGACCCCGCUCUGCCUGCGCAGCCCCCCCCGGCACCGCCGCAGCAGCCCAGCCCUGCGCGUCCUGCGGCGCCGCCGCGCCCCGCAGCGCAUCAGCGUCUCCACGUAG